AUUCCAGGUCGUCCAACAAACACAACUCCCAACACGCAUCCGUCAACAUGCAGUUCACCGCCCUCGUCGCUGCUCUCUUGAGCGUUGCCGCCGUCCAGGCCCAGCGGAAUCCAAUCACCAUCACCCCUCAAUUCGAUUGCGGUGCCACCAACUCCCAGCAAUACGUCGCGCGCAGUGGAGACACCCUCACCAAGAUCGCCCAAGAAAUCUACCACGACGUCGUGGGAGUCUGUGACAUCGCCAGGGCGAACAACCUGGCCGACCCAAACAGGAUCGAUGCAGGCACGCCCUACACCAUCCCGAUCAACUGCCAGACCUACGACCGCAACAGCUGCCUCUAAUCUCGAAACUUCGGGAUGUGGUUGCAGUCAUGACUACCACCGGAAUUGCUCUGUGUCUCUCUGGAGUUGGAGUGUGUUCUGAGGGUUGUCGUGCAGGGGCAUUCUGGUCUCGCCACGCAGCACGGGAGUUGUAGACCGGCAUUGGAAGGUUGCUAGCUCGAGGAUAGACGGAAUCCGAGUUAAUCUACGAGGUAGCUUCGCCAAACAAUCCAUCGAUCUACGCUCGCC